ACCCGUAAAGGAAGGACCCCAGAGAGCACGACGCGCCGGAAGCUGGUGGGUUUGGCUGUGAGGGAGAUGGCGGCGUUUUAACUGGCUCGCAGCAGUCAGUUUCCAGAGCCUUGUGACGAUGACUUCCUUGAAAGUGCCAGUUAUUGAUGUCCAGAACAAUAAUUUCAAGGAGCUCUGGCCAUCUAUGCUCUUGGCCAUCAAAACAUCUAGCUUUAUAGCUAUUGACACGGAGCUUAGCGGGCUUGGAACAAGGAAGAGUUUGUUGAAUCAGUGUAUUGAAGGACGAUACAAAGCUGUUUGCAAUGCUGCCAGAACGCGCUCCAUUUUGUCUCUAGGCAUAGCUUGUUUCAAGCAGCUUCCUGAAAAGUCAGAGAACACAUACCUCUCCCAGAUCUACAACCUGACCCUGCUCUGUAUGGAGGAUUAUAUCAUUGAACCACAGUCAGUUCAGUUCCUGGUGCAACAUGGCUUUGACUUCAACAAGCAGUAUUCUCAAGGCAUUCCCUAUCACAGGGGCAAUGACAAGGGAAAUGAAAGCCACAGCCAGACUGUCCGUACUCUUUUCCUGGAACUGAUCCGAGCCAAGAAACCCCUUAUCCUGCACAAUGGCCUAAUUGAUUUGGUCUUUUUGUACCAGUGCUUCUAUGCUCACCUGCCUGACAACUUGGGCACAUUCACUGCUGAUCUUUCAGAGAUGUUCCCAGCUGGCAUCUAUGACACCAAGUAUGCCUCAGAGUUUGAGGCACGCUUUGUGGCCUCUUACCUAGAGUAUGCCUACAAAAAGUGCAAGCGAGAGAAUUACAGGCUGAAGAUCUCCAAAAAGCAGUAUCUCAUUAUAGAAUUCUGCAACUACCCUGCUAGUAUAGCUUCCUACAUUGAUUACCGCUUCUGCUCUCUGUCAGAUGCCAGCCAAGCUGGGCUUGACCCUGCAAACAAAGUCACCAUCUGUCAGACAUUUUCUGCCUAUGGCUGGUGCCCAGAUGGGCUAAAGUGUUUGCAGUCUCACAAUAUUGACCUUAUAAUUAAUGAAGAUGAGAACCACAAAGAGGACAAGCGGAAGAAAAGGAAACAGAAAUGGAAGCGUUGGAAGAAUUUUGUAGAACCCCUAAAAGAACCUGAAUUGGGAAGUCCUGAGAAGGAUGGAGCAGUGUCUUGGAAUAUGGAGGAUGGUCCCCCAUCAAAGCAGUCAUGUCUCAGCACCAUGCUUGCUCCUACUGUAGACUGUGUGGGUAUAGAAACUGUAUCCAGUAAUGAGGAGAGUUCCAUGGAUGUGGAACGAGAGCUAGGCUCUGACACUGCAACUGAUGCCAAGAUGGAUGAGGAACAAGCCAGUACCACAGAAAAUGAGGGCAUCACUUUAUCACCUUCCAAAGAUGGGCAGCAGGAAAGGGUAGCAGGGAUUGAAGGAUCAGGGCCAAAGGUCCAGCUGGAGAGUGCUUCUGCAGUGAUUGUCCUUUCUGGCACAGAGAACCCAAUGGCACCUGUGCCUGGCUGUUCAGAGGGUGGUAUUCACCGGGCUGGCUUUGAUGCCUUCAUGACAGGUUACAUUAUGGCAUAUGUCCAUAUGUUCAAAAAUGAUGAACACAAAGACUUAAGUGAAGGGCCUUGGUUGCCAGACUGCCAUAACAAAGUGUACCUCAGUGGGAAGUCUAUGCCCCUUCAGAUAGUGAAAAGUUUGUUUUCUAAAUCCUCCAAAGCCCACAGCCAGAAGAUGAAGUUGGCUUGGGCCAGUAGCUAGAGCCAGGAGCCUUCCUACUUGUGACUCCAGAUGAGAACUAUUGAAAGCAACAGCUUCUACCCAACUUCGUCAUAUAGAAGCAGCAGCCUAUGUUUUUAAACAUCUGCACAAUUAAAUUACUUAUACUAGAAUUUCCCUUCUUGUUUGUUAAGGGUAGAUCCUUAAUGUACAUAGGGCCAGGCGACUUGUCUUCAGUAUGAACCUCCUACGUGUACUGGGAGAAGCCUGAAUUUAUAGCAUCUUAGUCUGUUCAUUCAUACAAACACCAUGAGAACUGGCAUCUUAUUUCUGUAAUGACCACGGAGACCACUUCUCUUGCUACUACCAUAGAGAGAUAAAACAGCUGCCAGAUAUAAGUAAUGCUAUGAUAUUUAGCCUGGUACAGGACCUUACACCUAUUCAGUUUUUGUAUGAUUUAAUUCCCAGAUCAGAGAUUGUCAGGGAGCAUAUAUUGAGGCAGUAUUUUGUUGAUGCAAUUAAAGUCCAUGUGCAGGGGAUGUGCCUCAGCACAAUAAUCAAUUGUUGAUUAUCAGGCUGAGGCACAGAAGAUCUAGUAUAAAGCCCUGCUACUCACAGUAUCCAAGACAUUCUCCUAGUCCAGCGGUCGUUGACAUUUCUGUUGUGAAAAGACAGCUUCUAAACAUAGAACGUAGCUUUGUCAAAGCUAGUUUUAGGGGGGAAACAGUAUUUUUUUUGGCACUCUCCUUUUCAGGCUCAAUUAUAAACUUUCCCUAGCAGAUCCAGUAACUCUAUAUCCCAAUCAUACAUAACAGAAGAAAGCAGUGAAGGACUUCCUCCUGGAAACCAGGAAGUAGCAGCGCUGUUUACCUGGAAGAGACAUUAGGCUAACUAGUGGAAAGCAUUAAAAGUAGAAUUGAGCAUGUUGGAAUUUCUCUAUUGAGAUGCGUAGCGCUGCGGAACGGAGAGUAUUGAGCGAGCUGUGUGUGUUUGAAUCUUUGUUAAGAUUCUACCUUCCCUGCAAAUUAGUCAGACAGAGACUUUAAGCUUUAAAAUAAGAAACUACUUUAUUCUGGAAGUACAUGCUUGAUAGGAAAGAGCUCUAUAGCUAACUAGCUAUGCUAGAGCAACGAGCACUGGUCCCAGUACUCGCCCUCAUCCUGGUUGAGAGGAGAGACAAAGAAAAGAUGGCUGCUCCCCUGUUGAGAGAAAGAGAACACUGAGAAAGGCGGGAAGGAACUGAGAUCAACAUUCCUUUGCUUAUCAGCCUAGCAGGAAGGGAAGAGAUGGCAGGAUCAAAGGGAUAGGUAUAGCCUCAACCAGCAAGAGGUCUAGCUCGCUCUAGCUACCCUUAUUAACCCCAUGCAGCCUCAACCCACCAAGUUGGAGUUGAACCUCAUACAUUCCAACAGAGCACACAGGAGAACAAGUCUUAAGAAGAAACAGCAUGGCUUGUGCAAAAAGAAAUUGUGCUUCAAAUGGCCACGGUCUUAGAGCAGGGAUCACUAACCAGGGAUUGGACCAGGGAGCACAUUUCAAAUUUUCAGUACUGAGGGUGCCAGUCACAAAGGUGCUGUCAUGGGGGGCAUCAAACCACCUCAUAUUUAUCAUAGCAAAUCAACUAUGUCCUGCUGGUCCUGAUUGUGGAGAUGCUACUGUUAAAGGUACAAAAAAACUGUUUUCCACAAUGCCAACUCUAAGCCAAAGCCUAGGCUGCCAUCCUAUACCCACUUACCUGGAAGUAAGCCCCAUUAACACAGAGAGACUUCUGAAGUAGAUAUGUAUACCAUUGUACUGUAAAGUUAACUAUACAGUGAAUUCUUAAUGAGUCCCUGGACAUCAGCUCCUGCACAGGAGCAGACAUGCCUAAACCUCUUUGUGAACUUCUCAUAUUUUGCACUUGGCAUUUGUGGAAGGGAUUCUUUAACGUCCACCCACAGCGCUUUCAGAAUUCAAAAUAUGCCUACUAGUCCAAAAAGGUUGGUGAGCCCUGUUCUAGGGAAUAUAAUUAUCUCAGACAAGCCUACCACAGGAAAGAUGCAGCAGGAAAGGUAUGCCAAAGGACAGGGCAAAACAGCAGCUCUUCAGGACCCCAGGGAUUCCUAUAACCCCCUGCCCAAACAAAUCACUUAUCAAUCCCUGCUCAGAUUUCACUCGUUGGGUAAAGACACUGACCGGCAGGAGCAGCCAGGGUGGUUCAUUUCACAGAAAUCGCUUAAAAGAGUAUCUGUACAUUUUGCUUUAUUAUUAUUUUUUUCUAGGAAGACUAGAGACUUUUUAAAAGUUCCAGACCUUUACCUGAUCUCCAGCUGAAUUGCUGGUGCUGCAUAUCAGGAGGGAGAGGGGAAGGGGCAAGGCAGGUCAGUUGGUGUGGUACAAGCUUGCCAGACUUCACCUCUUGCCAGCGCAUCUGCAGCACGCCAACCUUGCCCCAACCUUCCCUCUCUGUCCCAGUAUGCAACGACUCAGUUGGAGGGAAGUUAGGCAAGUGGCACAGCCCUGCUAUGUCAUCCAUGACUGCCUAAAACUUGUCAGUCAUGGCCCUCUUUGAGCCGUAAGAGGACCAUGACUAACAAGCUUUAGGGAGGUGUGGAUGGCAUGGUGGGGCUGUUUGCAUAAACAACAGGAAAUAGAAGUUGAGUGUAAACAGACCAUUUUGAUCCCCAAAGCUCUAUAGCAGGACCAAUGGUAUUCAGCUUCUUUGUAACCGAGGUGGUGUAAGAUGAGCAAAGUAGUGGCUAAAUUUGCAGACUGCACCAAAUUAAUCAGGAAAGUGAAAGCCCAAGCUGACUACACAGUUCCAGUCAGAUCUUGUAAUGAACAAAUGUAAAGUUAUGCACACUGGGACAAAAAAUUCAAACCUUCCAAAUACACUGAGGGUCCUGAACUGGUAAUGGCUAACCAAGAAAGAUCUUGCAGUCUGGUAGAUAUCACAAUGAAAUCCUCAAUUCAGCGGUGGGAGUGCGGGAGGGAGGAUUCCAUACUAAUUAAGAAUCAUUAGGAAAUGGAUUGAAAAUUAAAACUCAGAAUUUCAAAAGCCAUUACAAUACUAUAGAUAGUCUGGUCACUCGUCCUCAAAAGAAUAUUAAAGCUGGGGGGAAAAGAGCAAUCAAAACUGUAGGAGGAAAAUCUAAAAAGCAUGCAGGGCUUUUUAAGCUGAGGGAUGAUAAGGCAGGACAUAACAGAUUUAUAAAAUUAUGAAGAGGCAGAGAAAGUUUCCCCCCUCAUCACAAUAAAACUCAGGAUCACUCCAUGUAAAUGAUUGGCAAUUGAUUCACAACCACUAUAAAAGUAUUUUUGAGUGAUUGGCUUUUAAAAUGCAGACAUAAAAGGUGGUGAUGGUACUAGGUUAGAUGACUUUAAAAAUGUGAUUAGACAAAUUAAUGGAGUAUUUGAUCUAACAGACAUAGCAGAAGAGAGCCAGAGGCAAUAAGCCUCUGAAUAUCAGUUCCUGGCGAGGACUAUUGUCCAUGUGUGGCCACUGUAGAAGAAACAAUGUUGACCCUUUAGUCUGUUCUAGCACAGUUUUUAUGAGAUCAGAAGAAAAGACUGCUACCUGCGGGGGAGGGAAUGCAUUUUCUAUGCCGCAUAUCGUUGGGUACUUGGGAAAUGUGCUGUCUUACUAUAGAAACAGCUUCUUAAAGAAAACAAAUCUGGAUCCCUCACAACUGUUUGUUGCAUGAAAACAUGGAAUCCUGAAAUAGGUGAAGAAACUGCUAUAAAAGGACUCCUCACCAAAUCAGAACAUUUAUCAAAGAAGAAACCUAUCAUAUCCCUUAAAAUAUUAUUGUUUGUAAUAGAUGAAGUUGUCACACACAGAGAUGAGCCUGCAAAUACUGAAAUCCUUGAUUUUAAACAUCCACUUGCCAAUGGGUAUAUUUCAGAGACUAUUUAGUACUAUGUAUUGCAUUCUCCUUUAGCUUUGUCUUUUCAACAACAAAAGUAAAUUUAUUUUUUAUUCUGAAAGCAAAUUAGGAAACAGAUUACAAAAACUGACAAAACAUAUUCAAACACUUUAAACUAGAUUCAU